AUGGCGAUGAGGGUAGGAAGAACAGCUGGUUUCCUGCUCAGGAGGCCUUUCCCUGACCCGAAGAACGCGCCGGGACUCUUUACGCCACAAUACCGUUCUUACUCAGCCCUACCUUCUGGAGAGCGUGAAACCAUUGCGUUGCCAGAUCAACGCACGCUGAGUUUUGCAAAGUAUGGAGCAACCGACGGGUAUCCAGUCCUGUACUUUCACGGACAUCCAGGCUCGAGACUCGAAGGAGAGCUGCUCGAUGAAGACGGCAAAGAGCUCGGUGCCACAAUAAUAUCUGUCGACAGGCCUGGCAUUGGAUACAGCACACCUAAACCCGGACUAACUCCAUGUGAUCAUGCGAGAGAUAUCAAUCAUUUGACCACAGAACUCGGACUGAAAGAGUACAAGAUCUUGGCUGUCUCUGGCGGUGGUCCGUACGGGCUGGCAAGCGCUCGUUUCUCGUCUGAAAAGUUGAAAGCAGUGGCUCUGCUAGCUGGAAUGGUAUGGCUGCCUGGCAUUGGUCUUCGAGGAAUACGAACAGGCACUAAGAUCUUAUUCUACGCGAGUAACUACACACCGGGUAUUCUCCAGCAACUCGUCUGGUAUUUGGUCUCCAAACGGAUCAAUGUCUCUGACAAUGUCUUGGUCGAAGCCUCUGCAAAGAAGCUCGACACACAACCUGAGAAAGACAGACCGCUUCUUGCAGAUGGAACCCUCUUAAGGCGAAUGAUGCCUUCAACACGAGAGCAUUUCCGACAGGGCGUGGCUGGCUUCAUGGACGAGGCUCGUGUUCUUACCAAUCCGGUCGAUUUCGACAUUUCCCAGAUCGGCCAUUUGCCAAUGUGCCUCUGGUACGGAAUGGAAGAUGCCAAUGUUCCACCUGCGAUUGGAGACGAAUUGGCAACAUUGAUCGGCAAAAAUGCAACACUGCACAAUCCUGACGAGACACAUCUCAGUCUGCUCAUGAACUACAAGAAGCGCAUUCUCGAUGAUCUGCUGGGUCGUGGAUAA